UGCAUCAGCACCAUUUAGAGAGAGAGAGGAGAGAGAGAGAGAGAGAGGCGAGCCAACCCUGGCAGAGCGUAAAGAGGCGUCAGACGGCGGCCACAGCAUCCCGGUUCCACGUCGUUCAGAGGCCUCAUCGACGGUUUCAGCUCCAGAAAACAUCCGAGGAAGGAGUAAACACAGCCGGGCACACGGCCACAGCCACAGUCAGUGAUGGAGAGCCUGCUAGAUAAUCCAAUGAAAGCCGUUCUGUACCUGAAGGAGCUCACGACCAUCGUCCAGAACCAGCAAAGCCUGAUCCAGACGCAGCGCCAACGCAUCGACGAACUCGAGCGGAAGGUGGAGGACCUAAUCGGAGAGAACCGGCAGCUCCGUGACCCCCACCACUACGUCCAGCAGCCCGCUCAGCCGCCGCAGCAACAACAGCAGCAUCACCACCACCACCCUCCGCCACAGCAUCACUCGACCCACCGCAGCGCCAGUCCCCAAGCGCCGGCCCACCUCCAUCAGCACGCGGGGAAAGCUGCAGCUCACCAGGCGCAGCAGAAGCAGCAGCAGCCUCCACCGCAGCAUCCGCAGCAGAUUCCUGGUCUGUCCGCCCAAACUCAGCAGCACCAGACCCCUCCUUCCCACCACCCGCAGCAGCUGCAGCUCGUGCCCACCUCGCCGCAGUCUCCCAAAGCGAGCCAAGGAAGCCCGGACUCCGGAGGAGAGGACAAGAGGAGCCCCUGCUGCAAGUCGCUGGUUCCGCAGACUCCCACCGCGCUGUGCCGCUCGGUUGGGUUGGCUAGGAAAGCGGAUAACCAAACAGUGCUCCACCAGUUCUGCUGCCCUGCCCCUGAUGCCCCUGAGGGGGAAACCUCCACCGCCUGUGUCCCCAGCGAUGACCCUUCUCCAGAACCGUCUUUGGGGGAGGAAGGGAAAGGAGGAGAGGGGGAGCUGCAGAGUGAGGUCGAGGCGCAACCACAGCCUGAGCAACAGCCGCAAGAGACUCAACCACAGCCCCAACCGCCGCAGCCCAAAUCAGAGCCUCAACCUCAGCCGCAGCCUGAAACCAAACCUGAGCCAGAGCCUGAACCAAAACCGCAACCUGCAACUGAGCCCCAGCCAGAGCCCGAGCCCAAACCAGAGCCUGAACCUCAGCCCAAAGUUGAAGCGCCGAGCGAGGAAGCCGUACAGGACGCCCCUAAAUCUCCUUCGCCUUGCAGAGAGGACCAGACAGUUGAGGUGCAAGAGGAGGAAAAGUUGGAAAAAGUCGUGGAGGCGAAGAAAAAGCAAGAUGGAGAUGAGGCUCAGGAAGAAGAGGAGGAGGAAGGGGGAGGAGCUAAAGGAGGUGGGGCGGGGAGGAGAGCCAGCCUGCACCACACGGCCUCACCCUUGAGGGUGCAACGCAACGGGGCCGGCUCGCAUUCAGCCACCUCCGACUAUGAGCUCUCGCUUGACCUCAAAAAUAAGCAGAUCGAAAUGUUAGAGCACAAAUACGGUGGCCACCUCAUCUCCCGCCGUGCUGCCUGCAAGAUCCAGACCGCCUUCCGCCAGUACCAGCUCAGCAAGAACUUCGAGAAGAUCCGCAACUCACUCCUGGAGAGUCGUCUGCCUCGACGGAUCUCCCUGCGCAAGGUCCGUGUGCAAAACACGGAAGGUUUUUCAGCUGAACGGGCGCUGGCGGAAGGCUGCAACUUGGCGGGCAUCCCAUUGGUGCGCUCGCCAUCUCUGCCUGCCACAGUUGGUGGCACCCUUACCGACCUUGAAGACUCUUUCACGGAACAGGUUCAGUCACUUGCAAAGUCGAUAGACGAUGCACUCAGCAACUGGAGUCUGAAAACGAUGUGUUCACUGAAAGAAGGUGGAACCUAUCAGUUUAGUGCUGACUCCUUUAGUGCAGCAGGAGUAGGAGGUGUUGGAGAAAGCGGUGGUGCUGGAGAGUCUACAAUUUCUCAAGGCUCGUUGGACCCAAGUGACCUGUCGAGAAGUGCAAGCAAGCUGAUGAUGGCAUUCCGGGAUGUUACUGUGCAGAUUGAUAGCCAGAAUAUCCGUGUUUCAUCUUCUGUCAUGGAAUCAUCAUCCGUCACCCUUGGCAGCUGUGUCCAACCAGAAGGGGCCUACAGCACAGCCACGACUUCGUCCACAACAACAAACUCCACCCCAGCUUUUGUUCCACCUCCCACUUCACAAGAACCCCCUCCUCCUCUUGCAGAAGCCCCAUCUGAACCUAUAGAUCCCCCUCCACCCCCACAAGAACCCCCGCCUCCUCCUGAAUCCCAAAUAGGAGAUGAGCAGGAUGUUGAAUUCCCCGCUCCUCCUCCAAGUGAAGAAGAGCUGGAGGAGGAUGUGCAACCUCCCCUGACCCCUCUGGAUAAGAUGGCUACCCCUCAAAUCCUAGAGGAAAAUGUGAUGGCAGCACCACCACCCACACAACCCCCUCAAGUCUCUCAACCACAGGAGGCUGUAGUCCUAGGGAGCUCGCCUGUGGUAGAGCCACUGGAGGUCAAGAGGAGUGGCUCGGAGACAGCAGACAACAGCUCAGAGCAGAUGAGCAGCAGUAGCACGUCAACAGAGGCACGCUCCACAUCUGAAGCCUCUUCCAAGGAGGCACUGCAGGCCAUGAUCCUCAGCUUGCCACGCUACCACUGUGAGAACCCUGCAAGCUGUAAAUCCCCUACUCUGUCCACUGACGUCAUGCGAAAACGCCUGUACCGCAUCGGCCUCAACCUCUUCAAUGUAAACCCCGACAAGGGCCUUCAGUUCCUGAUUUCUCGAGGCUUCAUCCCAGACACACCCAUCGGCGUCGCCCACUUCCUACUCCAGAGAAAAGGCCUGAGCCGGCAGAUGAUUGGCGAGUUCCUCGGAAACAGCAAGAAGCCCUUCAACAGAGACGUCCUCGAUUGUGUCGUGGAUGAAAUGGACUUCUCAGGUAUGGAGCUGGAUGAAGCACUGAGGAAGUUUCAGGCCCACAUUCGUGUCCAGGGAGAAGCCCAGAAGGUGGAACGUCUUAUCGAGGCCUUCAGCCAGCGAUACUGCAUGUGUAACCCCGACAUCGUGCAGCAGUUUCACAACCCCGACACCAUCUUCAUCCUGGCCUUCGCCAUCAUUCUGCUCAACACUGACAUGUACAGUCCCAACAUCAAACCUGACCGCAAGAUGAUGUUGGAAGACUUCAUACGUAAUCUGAGAGGUGUGGAUGACGGGGCAGAUAUCCCAAGAGACAUGGUGGUGGGAAUCUACGAGAGGAUACAACAGAGAGAAUUACGCUCCAAUGAAGACCACGUCACCUACGUUUCCAAGGUUGAGCAGUCCAUCGUAGGCAUGAAAACGGUUUUGUCUGUCCCUCAUAGAAGACUGGUGUGCUGCAGUCGACUGUUUGAGGUGACGGAUGUCAACAAGGCCCAGAAACAGGCGGCCCACCAGAGAGAAGUCUUCCUUUUCAACGAUCUCAUUGUGAUCUUGAAGCUUUGUCCAAAGAAGAAGAGUUCUGCAGCGUACACUUUCUGCAAAGCUAUGGGCCUACUCGGCAUGCAGUUUCACUUGUUUGAAAAUGAAUACUAUCCUCAUGGCAUCACCAUCCUCUCACCCUUCGGUUCAGACAAGAAGCAGGUACUAAACUUCUGUGCACAAAGCGCAGAGGAGCUGCUCAAGUUUUUAGAGGACCUGAAGGAGUCAAUCGCAGAGGUGUCAGAGAUGGAGCAGAUACGUAUCGAGUGGGAGCUGGAGAAGCAGCAGGGAGCCAAGACUCACUCGGUGAAGAACAACGGCACACAGCUCGAGCUGCGCGGCAAGCAGGGCUCCCCUUCAGGAAACCAGGAGGUAGAUGACAGAAGUGGACACAAUGCAGUUGAGGUGUCAAUUCACAACAGGCUUCAGACGUACCAGCUCAGCAGCAGCAGCAACACGGCUCCGAGUCCCGAGAGCGUGGCCCUUCUUAACCACCGUGGGGAGCUGCUUUUCCAGCAGGCGCCCCCGGGUCUAACCCAGGGGCCUCCGCCUCAGCACCCGCAGCUGCAGUCAGCGGCGAGCACCCCCGCCCACCACCUCCAUCUCCACCAGCCUGCUGUCAGCAUGGCCGACCUGCGGCCCGAGACGCUCAUCCAGUGUCAGCAGAUCGUCAAGGUCAUCAUGCUCGACAACAGCGGCCACGGACGCAUGGAGGCUUUCCUCAGCCAAACGCCCACGCACCACCAUUACCACCACCAUCACCAUCAACAACAGCAACACCAGCUCAGCCAGUCACUCAUGUCCACGCCGGUGCGCUCGCCGGACGGCUCUCAUGGCAACGACGGCCACCAGCCCCCGCUGCCUCCUCCGCCUCCGCCUUACAACCACCCGCAUCAGUACAUCCCCCCGGACCCUCGCCUCAGUCUACACCGGACCCCUAGCGGCUCUCGGAGCAUGGUGUAAAUAAAUAGUCUCUUUCCCCUCCACACAGGCACACUUCCUCACAAACUCACCUACCUAUUUAAAGUACAUAAUGUACAUAUAUAUAUACAGAGCUAUAAUGAAAAAAUAAAUCUCACUUAUAUGCAUAUAUUUAAAGAAAAUAAACAAGGAAAACCAAGAUUUUA